GAUAUCCUGGGGCUGGAAUGGCACAAGCAGACACGGAAGUCCGGAAGUGACUCGGAAACAGAUCGAGGCUGUGACACAGACACCCGAUCAGACAGGUGCGCGAUACACGAGAGCCCGGCCGCGUUGGCUCUUCCUCGAACAGGCACGAAAAAUGCGAGUUGAGUCUUCGUGAGCAAGUUCGUGUGCACGAGGUGGCUUCGAAGCGCGAAUGACGGCGUCGAUGCCGCGAGCGCGACUGUCGUGGGAGUUUACUUGCGACCAGAGACCGGGGCCAGGUGGACCAACCUUUCUGGCGAAGCAGGGGGUCUACAGAAGCACGAACCUGAGUUGCCAGAUGGUAAUGGAGACCAUCAACUCGAUGGGGACAUCGCUGCCCACGUUGUUCCUUGGUGACUAAGGAGACUAUGAACGCCCUCCAGAAACCUACAACGUCAAGCUUCAUCUUGCUGAGCUCCUUCAUAAUGCUACACAACGUACGAUGCCAAACAUGACCGAGUUCUGACCUGUAGGUUCUGCUGUCAGGACUCCGGAUGGCUUGAGGGAAUAACCUAACAGCCACUGCAUGUGAUGUGAGGUUGGGUAAGACGCAAACUUGGUAUCAGCGACGUGUUCAGUACAUGUAGCACUACAACGACAGAUAAAUGCAUGUGCAACGCCAUUCUACUCGGCAUAUAAACUACUGACCGGCUUUAGAUCC